AUGGGUGUUCUCAUCGAGGAACAUCCAGGAAACGGGACAUAUAAGUCCUUCACUAAGACCUGGCACAACAAAUCUUAUCCUCAAAUAUCCCCCAAUCGCCCAGAGCUCAGAGCCGAGGGCAAAGUUGUCUUCGUGACCGGGGCAGGUACCGGCAUUGGAAAAGCGACCGCAAUUGGGUUUGCUCAGGCCGGGGCAAAGGCCAUUGUCAUCUUCGGACGUCGAGUUGACAAAUUGAAGUUGGCCGCGGAAGAAAUCCGAAGUGCGAACACCAAUGGGACCACCACUGUGAUAGUUGAGGGUGUCGAUUUGAGUGACCGUGCUGCUGUGCAUGCUGCCUUCGCUGACGCGAUCAAACAACUCGGCGGAGCCAGUAUUGAUGUCUUCGUCAGCAAUGCUGGGACCUUUCAAGGACCUGGCUCGGUCGCUGGCUACGAUGAGGAUGACUUCAACAAGACCAUCAAGUUGAACAUGGGGUCCGCUUUCAACUCCAUCAAGGAAAUGUUGCCACUGUUGGGUCCCAAUGCCACGGUGCUGAAUAUCACUUCUGGAAUUGCACACAUCGACGCCAUCCCUGGACAAUUUUGGUCCUACGCUGUAGUCAAGACAGCGAAUACCAAGAUGUUUGAUUAUUUCCAAGCUGAAAAUCCUAACCUGAGAGUCUUCAACGUUCAGCCUGGCGUGGUAUCAUCCGAAAUGAAUACCUAUGGUGGACAGGAUGAAAGCGAACUCCCGGCACAUUUCCACGUCUGGCUGGCCUCGCAGGAAGCCGACUUUCUCAAAGGGAAGUUCGUCUGGGUCAAUUGGGAUGUGGACGAAUUAAAGGCACGCGCUAGCGAGUUGAAGGACUCCAGACUCUUGAAAGUUUUGUUGCAUGGCGUGCCGAUGUAA